GUCGAGCACAGCAGCCGCGCACGCAAACGGCAGUCGCACGCGCACACGAUCGCCCGCUUUGACGUUACGCUAAAUACGCUGAAUAAACAAACGAAACCGCAAGUGAUCAAAACUAAAACAAGUGAAUCAAUUUACAUAAAAUAUCAGAACAACCAUGUCACCUGUAUGCUAAAAAACAAAUGAACAAUACAGUGGAAAAACGUUGUCAAAAUGACGUUGCGGGUCGAGGUGCCCGGAGAAAAAAUCGUCAAUGUAGAACCGUGCAAGUGCAAUAAAUCAUACGGAACUGAAAUAGCGAAGGCGGAAACUAAAUUCAGCAGACGUUUGAAACAGUUCAUCAAGAAAUCAUGGGAUUUUAGAUCGAAAAUUACGGUUGAACCGUUCGUCAUUUGUUACGUUCUCCCGAGCAUGCUCGCCGGGCUAGCUGUUCAAAACUUGUGCCUAGAGAAGUCAUGUCUAGUGAAUCUUCAGUACGACGAGCGGACAUGCCACCAUAUAAUGCAAGGGCGCACUCACAAUUACACAGAACAAGAAAAAAAUGUGCAGAUAAUGGUCACCGGGAUGACCGCUUGGAGUUUUCCACUCCAGACGGCGUUGCCUGGUCUUCUAACGCUGUUCCUGGGUGCGUGGAGUGACCGCACCGGCAACAGGAAAGCGUUCAUGGUUUUGCCAAUAUUGGGCAAACUGAUCUCAAUCUUUGGGAUUAUCCUAAGUACAGUGUUCUUCCUGCAGAUAGGUUUGAACGAGACCGCGUUGAUUGAGGGUUUGCCGCCAGCGCUGGCCGGCGGCCGCGUUGCCAUGACGAUGGCUGUGUACAGUUAUAUCACGGACAUAACCAGUGCUACCGAACGGACUUUUCGUUUAGGUAUCAUCACUGCGAUCUUAACCCUCACCAGGCCAGUGGGACUGGCUCUGAGCGGGUACAUGACUAGGCGGCUGAGUUACUAUGGCGUAUUUUCCGUGGCGUGCGCGUUCUAUUUGACCGGAUUUGUGUAUAUCAUUGUGAGGUUGAAAGAGAAAACCAAAAAAACAAUUGACGGUGAUAAGAGUUUGAUAGUGAUGUUCUCGCCGAAGGAUUUGGUGGCGACGGUGAACGUUGCUUUCAAAUCUCGGGCAGGGUAUCGACGACUUCAGAUCAUAUUGUGCAUGUUCGCUUACAUGUUCAUUGUGGGACCUGUAUUAGGUGAGGCGCAGAUGACGUACUGGUUCACACGGUACAAGUUCAAAUUCACGGAGGUGGACUACAGCCUAUUCCUCACGUAUUCGGCCCUCGUUGGAAGCGUCGGGUCCUUUGUCACGAUCUACCUCUUCAGCAAGCGUUGGAAGAUCGAAGACAGCGUGAUCGGCGUGGUGGCUUGCUUCAGCAGGAUAGCUGCUGCUGUGGUCUACGCAUUGGCACCAGAUCGUACCAUCUACUUCUUGGGUCCAGUCCUGGAUAUGUUCAGUUCGGCUGGAGCUACGUCGCUGAGGUCUAUCGCUACGAAACUGGUGCACGCGGAUGAAAUUGGCAAAACUAGCUCUCUAAUCAGCAUCUCCGAAGCACUGGUGCCGGUGAUAUACUCGCCGGUAUACAGCAAGGUGUACCUCAGCACUCUGUCGACCUUCGCUGGGGCGUUCUACCUCAUCAGUGCUGCGCUGGCUGUCCCCGCUAUAGGUAUAUUGAUAACUCUGAUCGCCCUGAACAGAAGAGACGCCGCCGAGCCUGCCCCCCCUCCUGCCGAAGUAAAGCCGAAAGAGAACGAGAUAACGCGUUUUUGACAUUGCCUAUUUAUUUCUAAGUGUUAAUAAUAACGUUACCUGUAUUAGUUACCGAAAAAUCUCAAUAAAUAUAAGAUUUCUAUUGAA